UCUGACGCGACGCGAUAUAAAACACUGAAGUCAGGAGAGACAUCUAAGCUCAGUUACAACGAGAAGAACUGUAUCACUGAGUUAUUUCCAUUUGUAUAUGAUUAUUUAUUGAUCUUGUGGUGAAGAAGAAGGAUUUACGCAGUGGUGAUGGAGGUGCUACGGUUGCUGUGCAUUCUCGGUUGCGCAUCGGUCGCAUCGGCUCAGGGUUCGAGACUCAAGACACCAGCGCUGCCCAUCCAACCCGAGAGAGAACUAAUGAUAUCUAAAGGCUUAUCCGGUUGCUCCUUUGGUGGACGCUUUUAUUCCCUGGAGGACACGUGGCACCCGGAUCUUGGCGAACCAUUUGGCAUUAUGCACUGUGUUAUGUGUCACUGUGAACCGCAGAGUAGUCGCCGUGGAAAAGUGUUCGGGAAGGUGAGCUGUCGGAAUAUGAAACAGGACUGUCCCGAACCGACCUGCGAUGACCCCAUCCUGCUCCCGGGACGAUGCUGUAAAACGUGUCCAAAAGGUGACUCGGAGAGGAAAGAGGUGGAGUCUCUGUUCGACUUCUUCCAGGAGAAAGAGGAUGAUCUGCAGAAGUCUUACAACGACAGAUCAUACAUCAGCUCUGAAGACACCAGCAACAGAGACAGCCGGACAGAUUUUGUGGCAUUGUUGACGGGUUCAAUGGACUCUUGGCUGCCGAGAUCAAAUGGUGUGGCACGAGCACGUUUCACUCUCACUCGAACGAGUCUGAUGUUCUCUAUUACAUACCAGAGGAUGAACAGACCAAGUGUUAUCACGUUCCUCGACUCCGAUGGAAACACAGUGUUUGAGUUCAGAGUUCCAUGGACAGAGACAGACAUGAUUUGUGGAAUUUGGAGGAACCUUCCAAAGUCUCACAUCCGUCAACUGGAGGCAGAGCAGCUCCAUGUUUCUAUGACAACCACUGACACCAGGAAGGAAGAGAUACAGGGCAAAAUCAUCAAACACAGAGCGCUGUUUGCAGAAACAUUCAGUGCGAUUCUGACAUCUGAAGAAGUGCAUUCUGGGAUGGGUGGAAUCGCCAUGUUGACUCUCAGUGACACAGAAAACAAUCUGCAUUUCAUCCUGAUACUGCAGGGACUCAUUCCACACACAGAGAAAGCUUCUGUAAAGGUGCCGGUGAGAGUGAAAUUGAUGUACCGACAACACCUGCUGAGAGAAAUACGAACCAAUAUCUCUGCAGACGACUCGGACUUUGCUGAAGUUAUGUCGGAUCUCAACAGUCGGGAACUCUUCUGGUUGUCUCGCGGGCAGCUGCAGAUCACUGUGGAAACGGAAGGUCAAAACCCCCAUCAGAUCUCGGGAUACAUUUCUGGGAAAAGAUCAUGUGACACUCUUCAGAGUGUGAUGUCCAGCAGUUCUGCUUUGGUUCCUGGAAAAACAGGUGGCGUUGGUUCGGCAGUUUUCACAUUACAUCACAACGGCUCUUUGGAUUACCAGGUGCUGGUGGCGGGCCUGACUAGCGCGGUGGUCAGCCUGACAAUCGAGAUGAAACCACGGCGGCGCAGUAAACGCAGUGUACUUUAUGACGUCACAGUGGAUUAUUCUGCGACGGAGGAGCGGGGCAGCGGACGAGCGGCGGGCAGCUGUAGUCGCGUGGAGGCUCGACACAUUCACAUGCUGCUACAGAACGAACUGUUCAUUAACAUCGCAACAGCUGAACAGCCUGAGGGCGAGUUACGUGGACAGAUACGAACGUUGCUGUACAACGGACUGAACGCACGCAGACACGAGCUUCCGGUUCCUCUGGCGGGUCAGUUCGUGUCUCCUCCGGUUCGUACCGGUGCGGGAGGUCACGCGUGGGUCUCGGUGGACGAUCAGUGUCAUCUGCACUACGAGAUUGUCGUUAACGGCCUCAGCAAGAGCGAAGACGACACCAUCAACGCCCACCUGCACGGAUUGGCCGAGAUCGGUGAAAUGGUCGACUCAGCCUCCAAUCACAAGAGACUUCUCACUGGCUUCUAUGGUCAACAGGCUCAGGGUGUGUUGAGGGAUAUAAGUCUCAAGUUAUUGAGGCAUUUGGACGAGGGCAUGGCUUAUAUUCAGGUCAGCACCAAAAUGAACCCAAGAGGAGAAAUACGAGGACGGAUUCAUGUUCCUAACAGCUGUGAGUUCGGGUCCCGCAGUGAGGUGGUAGAAGAGGCAGAGUUUGAUGACCUUGUGUUUGUCCGUGACCCGUCAGAACUGAAGAAAGACCCGCACACGUGUUUCUUUGAGGGAGAACAUCAUGCUCAUGGAUCGCAGUGGAUACCACAGUACAACACCUGCUUUAGCUGCUCCUGCCAGAAGAAGACAGUGAUCUGUGACCCCAUGAUCUGUCCUGCACUCUCGUGUCCUCACACCGUCCAGCCCGAUGACCAGUGCUGCCCUGUCUGUGAUGAAAAGAAAGAAACUAAAGAGACCACUUCAGUAGAAAAAGUUGAUGAGCAUCCAGAGGGCUGUUAUUUCGAAGGUGAUCAGAAGAUGCACGCACCUGGCACAACGUGGCACCCGUUCGUUCCUCCUUUCGGCUACAUCAAGUGCGCAGUGUGCACCUGCAAGGGUUCAACCGGAGAAGUCCACUGCGAGAAAGUGACGUGUCCGGCACUCACCUGUAGCCGACCAAUCAGACGCAACCCUUCAGACUGCUGUAAGGAGUGUCCAGCAGAGGACACGCCCCCUCUGGAUGAUGACGAAAUAAUGCAGGUGGAUGGAACUCAUCACUGCAAGUUCGGCAAAAACUACUACCAGAACAGUGAACACUGGCACCCAAACCUCCCGCUGGUCGGGGAGAUGAAAUGUGUCACCUGCUGGUGUGAUCACGGAGUUACGAAGUGCCAGCGAAAACAGUGUCCGUUACUGAGUUGCAGUAACCCCAUCCGCAUGGAAGGGAAAUGCUGUCCUGAGUGCAUAGAGGACUUCAUGGAAAAAGAAGAAAUGAUGAAGAUGACAGAGAAAAAGGAAAGUUGGAGACACUGAUAUCCUCUUUUCUCAACCUUCUUCAUUCGUCUCAGACACACAUAACGAGACGUGUGCAGACUGCAAAACAGCAAUGAACAAACAAACAAACAGAGAGGACGUCUAGAACAAAAGAGAACAAGAGUCUGAGAGAACGUGACUCUGAAGACGAAAGAGAUCGAGACAAAAACAGAAAAAAACGAGAGUGAAUCUUAUUAGUAAUAAGAUGACAGGACUACAAGAUAGGUGUUGUAUAAUUAUCACUAUUUUCAAUGUUGAAGAAUAAUUUAAAUUAUUAUGAGAUUCUAAAAUGAAAAAGAAGGAAUAGCUGUAAUGAGAAUAGAAACAAUGUGAAGGAGUGGAAUGUACCCCUCCGAAUUCCUUCCCCGCCCUCUCUCUCACUCUCAGUAUUUAAAGUUUUUGAAGUGUGCUAAAGGCACAGCUCUAAAUUGUUUUAUUUUCUUUUGAUUUUAUUUUAUUGUAUAUGGAAAAUGAUGUGAUUUGAUAAUAAUGUUAGAUACAGUGAUAUGAAGAAGAGGUUCAAAUACCUUUCCUCAUCAUGAUUAAUGAUUUUAUAUAUUCAGAGGGCAAUUUGAAGUUAAGGGUUUAUACUAAAGAUGAGAUUCAGUUGAAAGUUCAUCUGAAAGAAUAGAUGUAGGUUCAAAACAAUCUAGAGACUAUUAUUGAAUUAAGGUGAUGUUUUUAAAUUAAGCUUCCUAGAAGUUUGACAGAGCUACCCUUUAUUUUGUUUUAUUCUGAUAUUAGUCCCCACCAUGAUUUGCUAAAGGAGCAGAAAUACAAUCUGAAUGGAAAGUAAUGAUCUGUAAAUAAGUUCAAUUUUAGCAUUGUUAUUUUACUUUUAAUUUGGACAAUUUUAAUAGAUUGUUAAAUUUUGAAUAAUGCUUUUUGAAUUUGACCAUGUUUUGAAUUGUCUCCAUAUUUAAGCAGUUGUAGAUGGUUCUAUUGGCUGUGAUGGUUCUCAGGUGAUACUCCCUGAAACAAAAGAAAAUAUCUGUUUACUCAUACCAAAUUUUUAAGGAUUGGCUAAUAGGACUGAGCGGUAUUGAGACCAGUGGCAAGAGGUGAUGACCCAGUGACGAGUAAGACUCUCCAGUGGCAAAAAGGGGGGGCAACCUAAGACAGGGCAUCACCGCCCUUGUUAGCCUGCCCAAGAAUGGGUGAGAUGGGUUUAAGGAAGUGGACGGAUGCUUUUAGGUCAGAAGCAUCAAACGGGAUGUCUAGAAAAAACCUGCCUGAAAAUUGUGAGUUCCACUCAACCCGGCUGCAUUUUAAUAACCGCUUUACUAAAACAACUUAUCACAGUGUUAAAUACCAAGCAUUCUGUCACUGUGACAUCAGGGGAUCAUACUCUGUGUAGAAGAUAAUUUAUAGAUUGGUUUUAGGGGUAAAGUUUUGAGAACCAUUGCAGACAAAGGAGUGCCUGACUUAUUGAAGUAAUAUUAAACAAACCUGGGAAUGUUUGUAUGAUGAAGAAUUAAGAUUGAAAAAGGAUUUAUUACUUAUGCUUUUAUUGAACUCAUGUACAUUUUAAUAUUAAUGAAGAAUGGAAAAAGAAAACAUUGUGGUGACUAAAGAUUAACAUUGCUUGUCUUGUUUGUGUAUAACAAUAUAAAUAGAAUUCUUUAAGAAAUGGGGUACACGAUUGGCUAAAAUUAAUAUAAUAAUUGGAAUAACAAUCCUUGUGGAAGGAAUAAUAUUCUGUUGUGUGAUACCAUUAGUAAAAUCAUUCUUGAUCCGUGCAACAGUGAAGCAGAUGACAUUGAUCAAUGUGAACGGUCCAAUGCAAUGACACCUACUCUGGAUGGACAGAAAUACUAGAUUGGGAGGAAAUUGAUUCCUCCAAUGAAGAUAUGUAUGAGGAGAUGAAUAAUGAGCCAUACCCUGGGUGUAAGUGCUUGCCUAACCUCUCCCCAAAGGGUGACCCUCUACGAUGCGCAAAGUAUCUGGGUUGAAGAUAUCUACACUACAACAAAUAACUUAAUAUGAUGAUGAAUAUUUUGUUUUAUGUUUGAUAUACUCUACAUAACUGUGACAACCAAAGACAAGGCUGAACCAAUUGCACGCUCAUGCAUACAGUAUAACAUGCUUAUAGGUUUCAUUUAUUGAAUGAAGGAAUAAUGAGACAGAAAAUUUUACAAAGGUCUCUGGAUGGAGACGUUUGAUUCGGAAAUCUCCACCGGAGUGCGGUUGCAUAAUCUGGUUAUUGGUGGUGAAGCUGUGUGACUUAACUAAGACGCUAGAAAGCAUAACUGAGGAGACUGAAUUAUGAAACUGCACUCUGAAUAAGGACAUUGAAGGUGAGACUUAUGUAAGUCUCAGAGGGAGGAUAAUGUAGAAUAUUUUUAUCAAGUUCAGUAUAAAUUAAUCAAGUAUAAUCAAUGUAAAUAUACCCAUUUUAUUCUACAAUUAUUUCUGAUGGUCAAGCAUGAAUCUUAGUGUGUGUGUGUGGAGAAGCCUGUGUAGGAAAGGAAUGUGCUCACAUAUAGUAAACUGCUCUCAUGACUGCUCAGAAAAUAUAUGUUGAGGUUCCUCCACAGGUGUCUCCUGCCACUUCAUAAAAUAAACAGACUGGAGUCAAAGAAUAGGAAUGGUGACAUGUAUAGAAUGUAUUGGCCACUCCUUGGUAGAUGAUAUGUAUAUAAGUAGGUGCAAACCAUUUUGUAGUAGAUGUUGUAGUUGUUGUGAUGGGAACAACUCGGCUUUUUUAUCUCUGAUAAUAAAGUCUAUCUUCU